UAAUUACUUAAUACGUGAAAAUGUGUAAAGCAUAUAAAAAGGUCAAAAUUAGCUUCAAAGAGAGAGUCAGUGUAGUCAUCCCUUUGUUUCUCAUUUUACAAACCCAACCCAUAAACACACCUCUUUCUUUCUCUCUCUUUCUCUCUCUCUCUUUCUCUCUCUGCGGUGUUGGAGAGCGCUAAAAUGUCCACCUUCGACGCCUACAGUAUGGACGGUGAAGACAGCUAUGGCGGUUACGGAUCCUACACCAAUUUCUCCGGCGCCUUCCCCGGAGACGCCGAUGUGACCGUCGAGCAUACUCCUGCCUCGCCGGACGUCUUUGGAUUCGACGAUCCCAGCCCUAACUACUCUCAGGCUCCUUUUGAUCCGAUUCAUGUAGAGAAUGGAAAUGGAAACGGCUAUGGUGCGGCUGAGGAUGAAGUCGGCGAUGGUGUGUUCGUAUCCGAUGGUCCAAUUCUUCCCCCUCCUAGCGAGAUGGGCGUGGAGGAAGGCUAUGCUCUUCGUGAAUGGCGUCGCCAAAACGCCAUUCAGCUUGAAGAGAAGGAGAAAAGGGAGAAAGAAUUGAGAAUUAAAAUUAUUGAAGAAGCUGAGGAGUAUAAAAUAGGUUUCUAUGAGAAAAGAAAGCUUAAUGUUGAGAGUAACAAGGUUAACAACAGAGAAAGAGAGAAGUUAUAUUUGGCAAAUCAGGAGAAAUUUCAUAAAGAGGCCGAUAAACAAUACUGGAAAGCAAUUGCAGAACUAAUUCCCAACGAAGUUCCUAAUAUUGAGAAAAAGAGAGGAAAGAAGGAUCAAGAAAAGAAACCAUCGAUACUAGUUGUUCAGGGUCCAAAGCCUGGGAAACCCACUGAUCUUUCAAGAAUGCGGCAAAUUCUCGUGAAAUUGAAGCACACACCCCCACCUCAUAUGAAACCACCACCACCCCCACCUGCCAAGGAUGCCAAGGAUGCCAAAGAUGGCAAAGACGCUAAAGAUGGAAAGGAUGCCAAAAAUGAAAAAGAUGCAGCAACAAAAGCAUCCGAUCCCGUACCUGGAGCUGCCACUGCCAAUGGCACUUCUCACAAACCUCAAGAGCCAACUGUUGCUCCCGCUGCCGAUGAAGAUCAAACUGCUACAUAAUGACAUAGCCAUAGCAACUAUCAACUUCUUUCUGCUCGAUACUUUUACAUUUUCCCUUUGAGAUUUCGUUGUUUUUGUUCGUCUAUCCUUGCAUUUGAACGUGUAAUCAGUUGUGAUCUUAUACAACAUUUAUUCUUCUGUACCUUAUGACAGUCUCUAGUGGCAUUAUGUUUUGGACUAGUCCAGGUUCUGAUUUUGACA